AUGUUUUUUACCUUUAUGGGGCCCGGGCAUUUUGCGUGCAAUCGGCCUCCGUCGAUCAGGCUCACGUCAGAAGGCUUAACAAAAAGAAGUACCGGAGAGAAGCUAUCCGACAGAGUGCAGGUGGCCGUCCUUUAUGUCGUCGGGUUCUUUCGCACAGUGGUAAUCCCGAUUCAUGGCCUCGGUUCUUUAAGGUCUCAUCGCUACAUGCGUGCAUUAUUUUUGGCAGAAUUAUCUAUCGUUGCGCUUUUAUCCCCAUUAGAAUAG